CGAACGCCGUUUUUUUCCCAUCCGAGGAAUUGUACCGCCAUUCGAUAAGCGGGUCUUGAGUCAUCUCCAUGGCCCUCACGAAGCAAGGACUUUCCAGUGAUGGAGCUGUCAAGGUCGCCAAAAAGAGACCCAAGGAGAUCGUCGGUGGCGUCAAGAAACCCUAUCGUUUCAAACCUGGGACCGUCGCUCUCCGUGAGAUCCGUCGCUAUCAGAGGUCAACAGAGCUCCUUAUGCGGAAGUUGCCUUUCCAGCGACUCGUUCGUGAGAUAGCCCAGGGAUUCAAGACCGACCUUCGGUUCCAGAACUCCGCUGUUAUGGCUCUCCAGGAGGCAUCCGAGGCUUACCUCGUGAGUCUCUUCGAAGACACCAACCUGUGCGCUCUCCACGCGAAGCGAGUCACAAUCAAGGCGGAAGACAUUCGAUUAGCCCGUCGUAUCCGAGGAGAACGGACCGCCAGCGAGGCAUAGGCAAGCGAAUAGGACUGUGUGCGAAAGCUCUUAAAUAAAGACGAGG